UAAUUAUAUUGCGUUUCUCAUUCUUAUUCUUAUUCAAUUUCAUGGCUUUGGCCUUGUUUAUCUUCUUCACUCUUCUCCUUCAUUCUUCUUCCGCCAAAUCUCCUCCUUCCUCUGAAAGUCCCUCCGAGGUGCUGGUAACAUAUGGAAGUGUUCUGAAGCUGAUGCAUGAGAAGACAAAAUGUCGUUUGCAUUCUCAAGAUGUUCCAUAUGGUUCUGGCAGUGGACAACAAUCGGUUACUGGUAUCCCCACUGUCGAUGAUUCCAAUAGCUACUGGAUUGUUAGGCCUGAAAAAGGGAGUUCUGCCAAACAAGGUGAUACCAUUAAAAGUGGAACAAUUAUUAGAUUGCAGCAUUUGGGAACAAGAAAAUGGCUUCACAGCCAUAUGCAUGCUUCUCCAAUUUCAAACAAUCUUGAGGUGAGUUGCUAUGGAGACGAUUCUGAAUCGGACAAAGGAGACAAUUGGAAGCUUCUAAUAGAAGGAAGUGGGAAGAAUUGGAAACAAGAUCAGAAGAUUCGGCUUCAACAUUUGGAAACUGGAGGCUAUCUACAUAGUCAUGAUAUGACAUACUCAUCAAGAAUUGUUGGGGGACACCAUGAGGUAACAAUAAUUAAGAAUGUUUUCUUCCAUGGAAAAAAUUUCUUAUUAGUGUACAUGCCUUCAUAAUUAUCUUAUGGUAUUGCUUCUACUUAACAAAGUAGUUAUUCGCUUAACACUAAAAUGAAACACUCUAAUCUUUUCGGUACUAGUGUAAUUAUGAAUUGUCGAGGGACUACUCUUUGUCAACAAAUCAAUCUUAUGCUGGUUAAAUGGAAAGUUAAUUUAAAUGUGAAGCUCUUGGGACUUGUAUAUUUAGUUCAACAACAAAA